CAGCGAAAAACAAGUUCAAUAUUAUUUAUUAUAAACAUACGACUUUAUUUAAUACAACUAAAAAAUGUGUUUAUUUUCGUCGACAUUGAAUAGUCGCUGAAUUUUAAAAGUAUCUUUUUUUUGUUUUUUUAAGCAUUUAUUAUGACUGUUUUCGUGUUGUUUUUGCUAUUUUGUCAUCAGGAAUCUCGUAGUGAUCUGUGCGGCGGUGGCGACUGCUGCUGCUGCUGGAUGAUGGCAUUGACGCACGUAUAAAAGUCUGUCAUUAGUGCAUGGAGCUUGUCAUUUAGCGUGUCGCGUUUUUAGGUGAACUUCUCUACUUAAUCUCAAUUCAGUGCUAGUAGUUUUGUUAUUGGUUUCCGUCGUUCUUUUGUGAUAAUUUCAUAUUGUUUGUGUGAAUUUCUAGUCAAAAAUUGAAAUGAAAUUAUUAUUUGUCGUAUGUUUGUGCUUUGCCUCGGCGCUAGCAAAGGAAGAAGUGAAAUUGAUCUCCAAUGAAGCCAUGGUGGAAUAUGAUGGAAAAUUUCACUACCAUUACGAGCUCGGCGAUGGCUCGAAAGCCUCACAAGACGGCGUUUUGAAGAAGGUGGAUGCAGAGCAUGACGGCGAAUCGAUUGAGGGCAAAUUUGCUUUUGUCGCCGAUGACGGCAAGGAAUACCUGGUCUCAUAUAUCGCCGAUGAGAACGGCUACCAGCCGGUAGGCGAACACUUGCCAACACCACCACCAGUGCCCGAAUCAGUGUUGAAGACUUUGAAGUAUUUGGAAGAACAUCCCUAUAACCCAGAAGCGGCGGCGAAAAAACACUAAAACAAGCAAGAUGGUGACACAUGCGAGCGGGAAUGAACUGAAACUAAUUGAAAUGAAGAGAACUGUGAUCUUUGCGAUGCAAUGCGCUAAAUAAGUAGAAGAAAAUAUAUUUUGGACUGAUUUCUAAAAGCUAUGUUAAAGGCAAUUGUUUGUUUAUUUUUAUAUAUUAUGUGUAAAGAUUUAUAAUAAAAUGCGCGAUUACGAAAUUUCUGUAAGAAAUAAAUAAAAUAAAUAUUUAAACUAAA